CCGAGGCGCCAUCUUAUUUUAUCCGCAUUCAGCAGGCGGUCUUCCGCCUCCGUCGCUGCUCUCGCUAUUCGCUCCUUUCGGCGCCGCUUUGCUGAGCCCGAAGCGCCUCUGCUGCUUCCCGACCAAGGAAUUAUUAGUAUGGAAAAUGGGGACUCUUCAAUAGAGACACGCCAAGCUCCACGACUAAAUGAGAGGAUUCUGUCAUCAAUGUCAAGGAGAACAGUUGCUGCUCAUCCAUGGCAUGAUCUUGAAAUAGGUCCUGGGGCCCCUGCUGUUUUCAAUGUCGUGGUGGAGAUAACAAAAGGAAGUAAAGUCAAAUACGAACUUGACAAGAAGUCCGGGCUAAUUAAGGUUGAUCGAGUCUUAUACUCCUCAGUGGUCUAUCCUCAUAACUAUGGUUUCAUUCCUCGGACUAUUUGUGAAGACAGUGACCCCAUUGAUGUUUUGGUCCUCAUGCAGGAACCAGUUCUUCCUGGUAGCUUCCUACGAGCCAGGGCCAUUGGUCUUAUGCCUAUGAUUGAUCAGGGGGAGAAGGAUGAUAAGAUCAUUGCUGUUUGUGCUGAUGAUCCAGAAUAUCGUCACUACAAUGACCUUAAUGAGUUAUCUCCUCAUCGUCUUGCUGAGAUUCGCCGCUUUUUUGAAGAUUAUAAGAAAAAUGAGAACAAAGAAGUCGCGGUGAAUGAGUUCCUACCCGCAAAUGCUGCCCGUGAAGCCAUCCAAUACUCCAUGGAUCUGUAUGCUCAAUACAUAUUGCAAAGCUUGAGGCAGUGAUUCUAAGUGGCUGCUGCAAUUACUAAUAAUUUCAUCCAAGCCUAUCGGAAGGUUGUGACCAUCCUCCUCCUAUUGAUUGCUUAAACAAGUCUAUGUGCAGCAAUAAUUAAACUUGUUCAGUUUUUCCAUAUUAUUAUAUGGUAAAGUUGUCUGUGAUCUUGUGGUCAUAGAAAUCAGCCUCUUGCAAUGCAGAAUAAUGCUGCAUAUUAUAAACUCAAUGUGAUCCGAUCCUUCUUUAGGAUCUUGCAAUAGCAGGAGUUUCAUGCACCGAGUUGCUCUUUUGUCA